AUCGAGAUCUUCCUUAAUUUGCAUUCAUUUCCCGCCCCAACUCUUUCUCUCUCUCUCUCUCUCCCUACUCUGAAUCACACUCGCUGAAUGUAAAGAAGUCCGAAACUCUCUCACUUCGUUUAGGGUUUUGAAUUGAAAAUGAAACCAAAUCGCAAGCUCAAGAAAUCACACUCUUCUUCUUCUAAGUUGAAAUUGAAAGAAGUUAUUGGAUUGACAACGAAGAAUGCGUAUGGAUUGGCUUCGAAUGUUUCCGGUUCGCGCUGUGUUUAUGUGGCCGGAUGUGUUGUGGUGGUUUAUAAUGUGGAAUCGGGGUCCCAGUCACACCUCGUGGUUUCCAAUCGAACGCCGAAGCCCCUGAGCUGCGUAGCUAUGUCGAAAGAUGGGGGUUUCGUGGCAGCUGGAGAGUCAGGGCAUCAGGCAGCAGUGUUAGUAUGGGACUGCGUGAGUUUGGCUUUCUUAUCUGAACUAAAAAGCCAUCAACAUGGUGUGGCAUGCUCUGCUUUCUCACCUGAUGGGAAACAUCUGGUUUCUAUUGGAUUUCCUCAUGAUGGAUACAUUUGCCUCUGGGAUUGGCGGAGUGGGAUGUUAGUUACAAAGCUUAAAGCAUGUUCAUCUUGUUCUUCGGUAGAAUCAGUUUGCUUCUCAUCAGAUGCAAAAUUCAUUGUAACUGCUGGGAAGAAGCACCUUAAGUUCUGGACAGUUGGAUCAUCUGCAAGACCUCGUGCAAAUGCUGGGGCUAAGUCUCUGGCAAUGCAUGGGAAGGCCAUUAAUCUAGGUUACCAGAAAGGAUGCUCAUUUGUAGCUGUUUCAUCUCCUGUUUUGACCAACAGUAGUCUUGUUAAUCGUGAUCAGGCUGGUGGAAUUUUACCUAUUUAUGCAUUGACUGAUGCAGGUGUUCUAUAUCUUCUCCAUUCUGGGUUGUCAAUAAGAAAUUCAGUGGACCUAAAGGUUAAGAAAGCUUUUGCGCUAUCUACAUCAAACAAGUUGAUUGCUUGUGCAUGCAAUAAUGGAGUUGUAAAACUUUUUACCAUCGAGUCCCUUGAAUAUUCUGGAAGUUUACACCAUACUGAGAUGAAAAGAUGCAAAAAGGAAGAUGACAUGGACUGCCUUGGAAAAGUAAGCCAAAAGGAUCUUCAGUUGUUGCCCACUCUUCCUAAUGCAAUUGCUUGUCAAUUCUUGGCCUCCGAAAAGCUUGUGGUCAUCUAUGGAGACCACAGUCUUUACAUAUGGGACAUUCAAGAUAUAGACAAGGCUACCAGGUUUUGUGUGCUAGUUUCACACAGUGCAUGCAUAUGGGACAUUAAGAAUCUUCCGUGUGAAAAAAUGCAUGAUCCAUGUCUGGCAUGUGUUGCUAGAGGUUGUUCUGGUGGUGUUUCUUUUGCAACAUGCUCAGCGGAUGGUACUAUAAGGUUUUGGGAUCUUGCCUUGCAACCUGUUUCAUCCAUGGAUGAUCUGACUCUUGCUACAAACCACAACUUUUUAUUGACUGAGACAGUUAAAGCUACAUGUUUAGUAAGUGCUGGGGUUUUUGAACGAGAUUCUGUUGAGCUUGGAAUUAGCGUGCCAGGGUUUCGGUCAUUGGCAAUUAGUUCAGAUGGAAAGCACCUGGCUGCUGGUGAUUGCCAGGGUAACCUUCAUGUGUAUAACCUAUACACAUCUGAUUAUAUUUGUGUUCAGGAUGCUCAUGAUGCAGAAAUCCUGUCACUAAGCUUUAGCUUGUCAAGCAAAAAGGAUGUUUUUUCUGAAGAAAUUUUAGGAAGCUAUUACUUUCUUGCUUCAGGAGGACGGGAUCGAAUGAUCCAUCUUUAUGACGUCAAAAGGAAUUUUGAUAUUAUUGGAAGUGUUGAUGAUCAUUCAGCCGCUGUCACUUCUGUAAAACUCAUUAGUGAUGGCUGUAAGAUUCUAAGUUGCAGUUCUGAUAGGUGAGUUCUUCUAAAGCAAUAUGCUGUAACAGAUACUGAUUGUAAGAUUUCUCGUUGUAAUCAUCAAAUGGCAUCUUUUGGAGCUGUGUAUGACAUGGCUGUAAAUCCUCCUAUGGAUGUUGCUGUCACUGUAGGGGAGCAAGGCGAGGUUACACCUUCAUCACAAUGAUCUUAUGCUGCAAACAAAUUGUUUUGGCAGGUAAUUAUGGACCCGAGCUGCAGUUUUUUGGUUUGUUCUUACUCUAACAGGUCUAUCUGCAUGUAUGACUUUUUUACUGGGGAGAUUGUUGCACGAGCAGAGGGGCAUGGCGAAGUCAUUACUGGCAUUAUUUUCUUACCAGACUGUGAGCACAUAGUUUCUGUUGCUGGUGAUGGUUGCAUUUUUGUUUGGGAAGUGCCUGCUCCUUUGUCUUCAAAGAUACUACAGAAAAUUAAGCAAAACUCCAGGCCAAGUUCUCCAAGCAGCAUAGUCCAACCUGCAUCUUUAAGUCAUUUAAAGUUUUAUGAAGAGGAUGAUCACCCAUUCAAAAUCAAUCCUGAACAAUGGACACUGCCAGAAAGUUCCAAUCCUGUCAGACUUUUUUGUCAAGGAGGUGGUCUUCGAGAGACCUCAGCUUUUAAGUUUAGCAUUUCCAGACUCCCCAAGUGGGCAAGAGCCAAAGUAAAUAGCCCUCGGAUCAUGCCUAUAGACCCGGACUAUACUUCGUCCCAGGUUGGUAGUCACGGGGACUCCAAUGUUCAAACCCCAUCUAAACAUGACCUGGAAGGCAGUGAACCAUUUCUUGGUAGCAUGUCCAGACAUUCAUCUGAUACCGAUACCAGCCAAGGAUCUAAAAUGCCUCAAGAAACCCAUAGGAGGAGCUUUGCAUUGGACAGGCGUUGGCUCACCAUUCAUACUGUUUGCUUGGAUUCGCUAAAUUCCCCAGGGGUUUGGGAUAUGAGAGACAUGAAGAUGAUGGUGACCAUUCCAAGUGUGUCAAAAGACCCAGCUUUGGAGAUGACAAGUGAUAUUGAGGUCAUUAAAGUCUCGUCCAGGGAUCCCAGUGUGAAUAAUUCUCCAGUGGAACCCAGCUUUGGGCUUAGAAACCAUGUUGAUGGUGAAGGUGCAUCUUUAACCAAACAUGCCAGACAAAAUGGUUCUGGCUCAGCAAGCCAUAGCAGCGAUGAAUUAGAGAUAAGUAGUGCAAGUGCGUGCCAGGAGGUGUCUGUUUCGGAAGUAUCAGAACAGUUUCAGUCAGAAACAACUGAAAGUGGGUUACAAGCAUUGAUGGAAGUCAAUGCUGCCUGCAUGAAGUCUCAAGCUAAGGAUCUGCUCAAGCACAACUUUGGUGAUUUGUCAGGAAGGUUGAAGACAGAGGAAAGGAAAUCAUCAGUAAGGAAAAGCUACUCGGCACAAUUUGUUCUACGGAAGGACCUUCUGAGAGGCCAGAAAAAACUAUUUGACACGCCCAUUCGGGAUCUAGGUGGUGAAAGUAUGAAAGAGGGAAAAGAAGUCACUUCCCUUGCUAUGCAGCAGGACCCACAAACACUGGUCCUGGAGGAAUUGCAAAGUACUUGUGAAAAGGACGUGAAGAACAUGAUGCCAAAGUUGCAGAGCUCGGCUACCAUUAUCUCGCAGAGUGAUUCAGCCAAUUGCUUUGCCACGGACAAUUCAGGGAACCUUGAUCUUGAAAAUAUCAUAAACCAGCCGGAUUCUAAUUUUGAGGGAUGUGAGAAGCAAAAUACAAUCAUGGCAUGCAAAGAAGCAUUACUCAAUUUGGAGACCGCAGCUGAGAAUGCAUUCCUGUUAUUUUCUAAAUUAGGAACUCUGACCAAUACGGUAGAGGAGGCUUCGAUAGGAUCUGAGUCUCAGUUAUACAGCGAGGCUACUGAGAUGCUGCCAUCAAUAGCAAAGAAAGUUCAAGAAGUUACCACACUGGUGCAAUCUACCAACAUUUCUGUUGUGAAACCAAUGCAGAUGUUUCGAGCUUUGAGCCAUUGUUAGGAACAUUUGCCGAAAGUCUUUCACAAAGGGUUGUCGAAAUACUUAAGAAAAAUUGUGGCACUUUGACAUGAUUAGGAUCUAACAAAUUGUGUACAGGAUUUUGUUAUCUUGAAAAAUAAGGGUGCUACUACCAUUCAAGGGAGGGAGGCACAUAUUGAUCUCAUAGUGAAUGAUUACAGAUCAAAUAAGAUAUUUCCUUGGUAUUUUUCUUGGAACUCUAUUGUGUUGUUUGGUUCUUGGAUUUGUUAUGGAAAGAAAAAGGAAAGGGAAAAGAAAAGAAAAGAAAGAAAAGGAAGGAGAGGGGCUAAA